AGUGUUGCUCGUCAGUUCUCUUUUCCACUUUUUCUUAUUAAUAUAAAAAGCAAGUCAAGUCACGAUGCUGCUGAGUAUUGCGUGUCUCCAAGUCAAUGAUGCUACUUCGACCAAAAAAAGAAAGAAAAAGUCAUGAUGCCGCGGAAAUUACGCGUGCAAUGAUUAUUCUUUCCGUGGCAUGGCUCACAGCGGUUCGAUUAGCAUGGAGAGCUUUGGACCGUUGGAUGGCAAGAACUCGAUUGUUCGAGCACGCAUAUAAAAGAAUUUCGCGUGUUGGUAAAUCCUACUUCAAAGGCUGAAAAUCGGUGGAGAUACCAGGGUUGUGUUGUUUGAGCACUCCUCAGAUCUGGACCGUGAAGGCUGGCUUUCUUUUAAGGCUCUGCUUGAUCAAUCUCUUAUUUUAUAACAGAAUGAGAAUCUCGUUGGUCAAUCACUCCAUGAUGUACUUCCAAUCAAGAAAAAGGAAAAUGUUCUUUCCGUUCUCUUCCUGUCUCUCCAAUUCCUUUGUUUUCUCGUCACUUCAUUUCCCUUCGUCACUUCAUUUCCCUUUCAACUUAAAUUGCCAAUCGCAUUGUAAAAGAAAAAAACCCACUCACUCAGAAGAUCCGAAUUCCGGGGUGUCUUCCUCAUUGACUGCUCCGCAUGGAAGAGAUCAUGAAAGGGGAGACGAAUUGCCGAAAGGGAAUACCUACGAAGUGUUCUUGAGCUUUAGAGGGAUAGACACACGCAAAAAUUUCACCGACUAUCUCUAUACUAGUCUUACCGAUGCAGGAAUUCAUGUGUUCAGAGACGACAAUGAGCUCUGUGUUGGUGAGGAGAUUGGUCCAGAGCUUCUCUGCAACAUUACGCAGUCCACGAUCUCUAUCCCAAUUAUUUCCGAGAACUAUGUUUCCAGCAAAUGGUGCCUUCGUGAGUUGGUUCAAAUGUUAGAGUGCAAGAGGAGUAAAGAGCAAAUAGUGUUGCCCAUAUUUUACAAAGUGGAACCCUCACAAGUGCGACAUCCUACAGGGAGAUUGAGAGAAGCUAUCGAUGCACAUAAAAAGAAUAUGGAGGAAACGGUUGUGAAGGAAUGGGAAGAAGCACUCAAAGAAGUUAGCUCCUUGAAAGGAUGGGAAUCGGAGAAAAUUGAUAAUGGGCAUGAAGGAGCAUUGGUCAAAAUUGUUGUCACAAAAGUUCUAAGUGAGUUAAAAGGAGCAUUUCAGCUAAUUGUUCCCCAACAGUUGGUUGGGAUUGAUGAUUGUAUCGAACAUAUUAUGAGCUUGAUAGAUGCUAAAUUCAAUGGUACAUUGAUUAUCGGAAUUUAUGGAAUGGGUGGCAUCGGUAAAACGACUCUUGCGAAGGUAUUAUACAACAAGUUCUUUGGUCAGUUUAAGCAUCAUCACUUCGUGGCAGAUUGUCGAGAAGCAUACCAGCGCGAGGGUAUUAAAUGCCUACAGAAGCAGCUCAUAUCUAGCCUAGGAAGUCCAUGUAAUGUGUCUAAUGUGGACGAGGGGAUCCGUCUCAUCAAAUCUCAAUUUGCACAUAAGAAAGCACUCAUUUUUCUUGAUGAUAUAGAUGAUAGUGCUCACUUGAAAUAUUUGGUCGACCGUGAUUGGUUUAAAGUAGGAAGUAUAGUCAUCAUAACAACCAGAAACAAGGAUGUUCUUGGCCAAGCUAGUGUAGAUCACAUGUACCCACUCAAAGAGUUGUCUUUAGAUCAAUCAUUGAUUUUAUUUAGUAGACAUGCAUUUCAAAAGGAUUCUCCUCCAAGUGAUUAUGAAGAUAUCUCUCGUGAUGUCGUAUCUACUACUGGGGGGCUCCCAUUAGCUCUAGAAGUUAUAGGUUCAUUCUUAUGUAGAAAGAGAGAAAACGUAUGGAAAGAUACGUUGAAAAAAUUAAAGAAAGUGCCCCAUGAGAAAGUGCGAGAGAAGUUGAAAAUAAGUUACAAAGCAUUAGAGUAUGAGGACCAACAAAUAUUUUUGGAUAUCGCAUGCCUCUUCAUUGGAUCAUGUAAACAAAAUCCAACUUAUAUGUGGGAUGCUUGUGAUUUUUUCCCCAAGAAGGGGAUUGAAGUAUUAUGUCUUAUGUCCCUAAUUAAAAUUGGCGGAAAUGGAAGGCUAUUGAUGCAUGAUCAAUUGAGAGAUCUCGGAAGGGAAAUUGUUCGUAUGGAAAAUCCAAAGGAGCCUCAAGAGCGUAGCAGAUUGUGCAUCUAUGAGGAAGCCCUAGAUGUGCUUGACAAUUGCGAGGUAUGAGUUUUCUCUACUUUU